AUACAUCGGUUAGUUCGAAAGAUUCGGAUCAGUUUCCCAAGCCGUCUUUAAGGGUGGCGUCAUCUACGGAAGGAGCAACGUGAACUAUCCAGCUGUAAAUAAAAAAAUAAAUAAAGCAUGGGGAAGUUACUGAUCGUGUCGGUUUUGAUUGCAGCUCUGGCGGUACUGAUUAGCGAGAGGUUUUCUACGUUGAGAAACAGAACUUUGGCUUUCAGAGAACUCACCCAGAAUCACCUCCCUAACUGUGAACUGUUAAAAGGAAUAGAGAUUGGAGCUGAGGACAUCACCAUACUGGAACAUGGACUGGCCUUCAUUAGCUCUGGUUUGAAAUACCCAGGUAUGCCUCGCUAUUCAGACGAGCCUGGAAAGAUCUACACGCUACAUCUGCCGUCCGGAGACGAUCCUACAGAGCUCCAGAUCAAGGGGGACUUUGACACAGCUUCUUUUGCCCCACAUGGAAUUAGCGUAUACAUAAAUGAAGAAGAUGGCUCUGUGUAUUUAUUUGUGGUAAAUCAUCCGCACAAAAACAGCCAGGUCGAAAUAUUUCAGUAUGUCGAAGAGGAAAACGCUCUGUUGCACCAGAAAACGAUUAAGCACGAGUUGCUGCACAAUGUGAAUGACAUCGUAGCCGUGGGAGUGGAGAACUUCUACGCUACCAAUGAUCACUACUUCACCAAUGACCACUUGAAGCUGCUGGAAAUGCUGCUGUCUCUGCACUGGUGUGAUGUGGUGUAUUACAGUCCUGAAGCAGUUCGUGUAGUCGCGGGAGGACUUUUAAAUGCCAACGGCAUCAACAUCUCCCCCGAUAAAAAGUAUCUCUAUGUGUCAGAUUUAAUGAGUCACAGAGUUAUUGUGCUGAACAUCCAAAAGGACAAAUCACUAUCCCGUGUAAAGGAAGUAGCUGUAGGCUCCCUCUGUGACAACAUCGAAGUGGAGAGUAAAACCGGAGACUUGUGGUUGGGUUGCCACCCAAAUGGAAUCAAAAUUAUCCUAAGUGAUCCGAAUGAUCCACCUGGCUCAGAGGUUAUCCGUGUUCAGAACAUCCUCUCUGACAAGCCAGUGGUGACUCAAGUGUACUCUGAUAAUGGCAGCGUUCUCAUCGGAUCCUCAGUAGCUACUCCAUACAAAGGGAAACUCCUUAUAGGAACCAUUUACCAAAAAGCCCUGGUAUGUGACCUUGAGUAGAGCAUCCUUUUAACACCGCUUCACUAAAGUGCAUCUCGUUCAGAUAGGUGACAACGAGCAAUGAGAUUAUUUUUAUCUGUCUCUAGAAUCAGUAGUUAAGUGAUGGACGCCAUUCUUUUCAAAAAAAUUCCAUCAAUUGGUCUUUUGAUGAUUGUCGUGUUGGAUGUUUAAUAAGUUGCUCAUGGGUUUGUCACACAUGUGGUUUAAUAUAUCAAAUGUGUUAUCAGGGGAUUGGGUAUAUUUGUUCUUUAGUGAAUUCUUCCAGAUGUUUCCUAAAAGUUAAAUAAAAUGUAAAAUGUAAAUCGUUUGUCACGCCAUCCAUAUGUACAAAAAGUCCUUUAUAUACAGGACAGUAUAGACUGUAUACAUACAUAAAUGCAAGUGGUGUUAAAGAGCAUUUGGGGGAGAAAAUACUAGAAUGAACAGCAUUUUUUAAUCAAUUAUUCGAAUUCUGCUUAAUGCAAGUUGAGGCUUCAGACCCAGAAUACAAUUAUUAUACAUUUAUUAAUUAAAUAAAAUGUUUUAUGCUAAGAACAGUUCACUAUAUUAAAUAUAUUAAAUUAUAUAUUCAAAAUGUAUAAUUUAAUAUAUUUAAUAUAGUGAACUGUUUUUAACAUAAAACAGUUCAAGUAUAACUAAUUUAUACUUGAACUGUUAUACAGAAGUAUAACUAAUUUCUGAGGAUUGAGAGUAUUACUAUAACACAAACAUAAAAUAUGAAGCAUAGCAUUAAUACAGUGACUAAAACUUAAGGAAGGCAGUUACACAGUUCCAGGUUCAGUUCAAUUUCUAUUAUUUUUGUAUUUUUUUUUUAUUAAGUAAUUGUUCCAAAAUCGUUUAAAGUUAUGCAGAUUGUAGCAUCAAACUAUUGUUUGUAUUCACUUGGUUGUGUGUGUUUGGUUCUAUAGCUGAUACUGUGAUUUAUUUCUAUUCUGUGAACUCAUGGUUGAGAGGUUAUAAUAUGUUCCUUAAUGUUAUGUUCAAAUAAACAGUCAUGAGCA